UCUCUUUCCUCGUGUUGAUUUUUUCACACCAUCUGCACUCGAUUCUUCUCUCUCUCUCUCUCUCUCUCUCUCUCUCUAGAAAUUUGAAAAAUGGCGAACGAGAUCUUAUACUUUGAGUUGAACACCGGCGCAAAAAUUCCUUCAGUUGGACUCGGUACGUGGCAGUCGGAGCCCGGCCUCGUAGGCCAAGCUGUUGAAGCUGCUAUCAAGAGUGGAUACCGUCACAUUGACUGUGCUCGAGCUUACAACAAUGAGAAGGAGAUUGGUUUAGUCCUGAAGAAGCUGUUUGAUGAUGGAGUUGUUAAGAGAGAGGAAUUGUUUAUCACCUCCAAACUCUGGUGUAAUGACCAUGCACCCGAAGAUGUACUGGCUGCAUUAGACAAAACACUGGAAGAAUUGCAACUCGGAUAUGUUGAUUUGUUCCUUAUUCAUUGGCCUGUUAGGAUGAAAAAGGGGGCUGUUGGCUUUUUGCCUGAAAAUCUUAUUGCCACAGAUAUACCUAGCACGUGGAAGGCCAUGGAAUCACUCUAUGAUUCUGGUAAGGCUCGAGCUAUUGGAGUUAGCAAUUUCUCCACGAAAAAGCUUGGCGAUUUGUUGGAUAUAGCACGCAUUCCUCCAGCUGUCAACCAAGUUGAAUGUCAUCCUUCAUGGCAACAGGCUAAACUGCGGGAGUUUUGUAAAUCCAAGGGAGUUCACCUAACUGGUUAUUCCCCACUGGGUUCUCCUGGCUCGACAUGGCUCAAAAGUGAGGUCCUCAAGCAUCCCAUUUUAGUUGCUACUGCAGAAAAAUUGGGUAAGACGGCUGCACAAGUGGCCCUUCGAUGGGGACUGCAAAUGGGUCAUAGUGUACUUCCGAAGAGCACUACUGAAUCAAGGAUCAAAGAAAACUUUGAUGUUUUUAGUUGGUCCAUUCCAAACGACUUAUUCGUGAAGUUCUCCGAAAUCGAGCAGGCAAGGUUGCUUAAGGGUACUGGAUUCGUGCAUGAGACACUCGGCCAGUACAAAACUGUUGAAGAACUCUGGGAUGGAGAGAUCUGAUCCUGCUGUUCGAUGAUCUCGUUUCUGAAUAUUGUUUUCAUAUCACCUUCGAUAUUAUCCAUGUUCUUAAGGAAUUCGUACCUUCAUUUAGCGUCCCUUGAUAAUUGAUGUUACUCAGACUUCUUUUAAAUAAAUGCUACUUCACUUAUCAAAAAAAAAAAAAGCUACUUCAUUUGGUUAUUUUGCGGUGUACGACAUGGAUUAUCCCAUCUUGCUCUUUUUAUGUGGGCACCAAAUUAAUAUACCUAUUACUGGA